AUGGAGGACCAAGUAGCGGCCCUCCUCGCGGCCCUCAAGAAGCCCUCGACCAAUGUCGACACGCGCCUGCAGCUGUUUGCCGCUGUAAAAUCGUCCAUCAAGCAUGGUCGCGUCCCGGAGUCCUGUCAGGCGUCAACUUUCGAAUGCAUACGGAUUGCCAUGAGCGCCACCACCUCUGCAGCAUUGGUCUCUACCGGUUUCGCGACUUUGAGCCAUUUCAUCAAGCGAUUGCAGCUGCAAGACGAGACGUCCAUUAUCACAUCGCAGUCCGGCAGACUUCUUGCCAUUCUCGUUGAUCGCCUGGGCGAUGCGCGCGAAAGCCACCGACACGCCGCCGGGCAGCUCCUCGCCGACCUGCAUCCAUUGUGUCCUCUAGAGGUCGAGACCGUCAUUCAAAAUGCCAUGAAGGGCGCGAACCCGCGCGCCAAAGAGGCCUCGAUGCCCUGCCUCGUCAAGAUGAACAAGACGGAUAGCCUCCCCUUCAAGUCUUACGUACCCCAGCUUGUAGCAAACCUCGAAGACGCCGACGCAGGCGUCCGCGAGUCUGCCAAAACUGCCGUAGUGGACCUUUUUAGAACGGCGCCAGAGCGCGCCAAGGUAGAUCUGAAGAAGCAGCUUGUAGCUGCCAACGUGCGCAAGACCAUCGCGACCUACAUUACUACCCACAUGGAUGGCGCCAGUCCCGUCGAAGCGGAUACGCCGCCGCCGCCGCCGCCUCCGGUCCGACCUAUAACGGCAGCACGCGCCCAUACCCUACAGCCGGAUACAGGCUUCGCCGACAGCAUCCUCAGCGAAAAGCCUCCGCCAAGUGAGCCCGUGUCCAUGGACCCGCUGCAUAUUUACACACAGCGCGAGCUAGAAGACAUAUUUCGGGAUAUGGCACCCCAUUUCGAGGGGAAAGAGUCCGAGCAGAACUGGAUAGCGCGAGACAAAAAUACGACCAAGUUACGGCGGAUAACGAAAGGCAAUGCGCCAAGUGAGUUUCACGGUACAUUCAUUGUGGGUGUGAAGUCUCUGCUGGACGGAAUCACGAAAGUUGCAACUUCAUUGCGUACAACAAUGUCGACAAAUGGAUGCCAGCUGGUGCAGGAGCUUGCAGCCACUCUAGGACCCGCGAUAGACCAAUGGGUAGAGAUUUUACUGCAGACUUUCAUCAAAAUGUGCGCUGCGACCAAGAACAUUGCCGCACAAAAUGGCAACGCGACUGUGGAGGCCAUUAUGUCCAAUGCAUCAUACACGAACCGUCUGCUUCAGCAUGUUUCGUUUGGAUCGCAAGACAAGAACGUGCAGCCGCGGUGCUUUUCCUCGGGUUGGGUAAAAGCCUUGAUUCGCAAGCACAAAUCACAACUUGAGCAUUCUGGACUGGACACGAUCGAAAAAGUCUUGAAAAAAGGUCUUACCGAUGCUAACCCAAAGGUUCGAGAAGCGUAUCGAAGCACAUACUGGACGUUCGCCCUCGUCUGGCCUCAGAAGGCUGAAGCGAUAUUCAACACACUUGAGAAGCGAGAGAAGAACGGACUAGAGAAAGAUCCCAACAAUCCCAAUGCAUCACUUGCAUCAUCACAAAGCAGUACAUCCGCGUUCUCAAAGUCUGUGGGCCCUGGGGCUGGAAGGGAAUUGCUCAAGGCGAAGAUUGCUGAGCAACGGAGAGCAAAGAUGGGCGCAGGCAAUGGUGUUCCCGAACGCCCCAGUUCUGCUCAAGCUACUUACUCACCUGCGAAAUCGCAAUCAGCGAAAUCACUAGGCUCUUCCAAGUCAGCGGCGAAUAGUGCAUCAACAUCGUCUAGUCUGGGCAGACCACCUUCGGCACUCGGGAGCGCAACUAAAUCGGCCCUGUCAGGUAACGGUACUGGCUCUUUGAUGAGCGGUACAGCUAGACGACCAAUGCGUCGGCCUGAACUACACAGGCCUGCAACAGCCGAUCCUUAUGCAAUACGACGUGCAGGCACAGGCAAGGUGACUCCGUCAAUGACAACACCCGAGAAGACCCCCGCUGCAACAACGAGUAAGAAAGCCAUCGCACCAAAAAGCAUCAGCCGCCCACGAGCGCAGACUCAGAAUAGCCCAAACAUCAGCCCGGUUCGUAGUAAGUCUAGGCUAGGUGAAGUUGCAACACAUCGCAAAGCGCCCAGCACAAGUUCGCGACACGGCAGUCCAGCUGUUAGUCCUCGCAAGGAUGAGGAUCUAACAUUGGUCAAACCCUUUGUGCGCUCGCAAAGUCACCACGAACCUAGUGGCGUUCCAUUUCGAUACCAACAAAUUGAUACCGCUUCGGCCGACACUGACGUGCUUGAUAUUGGAGACGAAGACAACUUCACCAUGGUCAUUCCGAAUCUCGGUAGGCCAGAGGUUCAGCUAGCGCAGCACAGCCCACCGAAACCGAUGACAUCGUCAAGUCGAUUGGCGGUAGCAAGUCCCCGUAACUCGCCUCUGAAGAGCCCUAAAUCCAUGGGUGACACGGGUGUCGGAUCCGCUCGAAGCAUUCGCAUGCGGUCGCCAGAUCGGCCAAGCACCCGGGUAACGGAAGCCCAGGAGGAGGUUCAGGUAUACGAAGACCCGUUCGAAGGCGAUGAACCAACUACUGUCCCAACAGAAGCCGAGAAACCAGUCUUGGAAGAGCUACCUUUGAACGAGAAGAACGCCGAGCGCACAAAUAGUUCCCAGAGCCUCGAUGGGAACACUAUGAUGGGCGAGGCAGCUGGGACACCCACACGCGGUCACCACAAGACGACUAGCACUGGAAGCGUUAUGCACACAGAGACAGCGGAGGCGAACGGCCCCGAAGUCCUCAAGAACCGACAGCUCCUUGCCAGUGGUAUUAAGAAGAUCCAGAGCCAGACGGUGGAAGCACACAUGUUCCGACGACUUCAGGACAUGGUAAAAUCGAACCAGGAUAUAUGGGGCUCCGACGACGAGAAAUUCAGCGAAUUACUUGUGGCUUGCCUGGAGUAUCUCGAAACUCCUGCCGACCUUCUGAAGGCGCCCCCCGCGAAAGUGGCCAACCUCAAGGUCCAGGCGCUGGCGACCAUCCGUGCCAUGCUGUCUUUGUACCGCAAAGAGACGGCCCGGCACUUUUCUCGCGUGCUCUGCACUCUGCUGCAGACAAAGUCACAGUACGAAAACAGCUCACACAUUGCUACGGACCUCGAGGCCACCGCCGAUGAGAUUGUCCGCUACGGUCAAACGUCCGAUUGUUUGGAUGCCGUGCUUUCUCUGGUCGAAGGCACGCCUGUAUCCACCCCAACCUCUUCUCCCAACUCAAAGUCUUCAUCGAUGUCCUCGUCGUCAAUUCCAUCCAACCGGACAACAACGAUGGCACUCAGCACACUUUCUUCGCUCAUUCAGAUCUCCGGCGCUAAAAACACACCCUUGACGCACGAACAGACCGCCCGCUUGGGUAGACUAGCUGUACGAUGUCUGGACGAUACCGACGCUGAUGUGCGCAAAGCCGACAUCGACGUCUGCGUCUCGCUGCACGAGCGCAUUGGUGGCGAAAAAGAAGUUUUUUGGAAGGCCGUUGCAGGCGCACGGGAACAACAUCUUAAUCUUUUGACUUACUAUCUUGCGAAGCGCAGCAAGGCUUAG